AUGUCGGCAGUCGAACCGCCUCAGUCGAUGCCUCGACGCGUCUAUACCAACUCUUGGUUUCAGAUCCUUCUGAUCAGCUUCAUCUGUUUCUGCUGUCCUGGUAUGUACAAUGCCCUCUCCGGUCUGGGAGGGUCCGGUCAAGUCGAUCCAACAGUAGCGGCCAAUGCUACAGUCGCCCUUUUGGCUGCUACUGCUGGGACUGCUCUCUUUGUCGUGGGACCGAUUUUCGAGCGAGUCGGACCUCGUAUCUGUCUUCUCAUUGGUGGAUGGACUUAUGCCUUGUACUCCGGUAGUUUGUUGAAUUUCAACCAUACCAAGAAUGGAUCAUUCGUCAUUGCUUCCGGUGCCCUUUUAGGUAUCGGCGCCUCGUUCCUGUGGGUUACUCAGGGUGCCAUCAUGACAACCUAUGUUCCCGAGGCUCAGAAGGGACGAGCUAUCGCUGUGUUCUGGAUUAUUUUCAACCUCGGUGGUGGUGUUGGCUCUCUCGCUAGUUUCGGCCUUAAUUUCCACUCAAAGACUGGAACUGUCUCGGACUCCACGUACAUCGCUUUGCUUGUGAUUAUGCUCUUCGGCUGGAUUUUGGGCGUUCUGAUUUGUAACCCGUUGUCUGUCAGAGUGAAGGGCCUACGAAAGAUAGCAGAUGAGGAGAAGCACAACUGGCGACAGACAGCACGUCUCGCAGUCAGUACCAUGUCUGACUGGAGAGUUAUUUGCAUGAUUCCCUUGUUCUUCUCCGCCAACGUUUUCUAUUCAUAUCAGCAAAACGAUGUCAAUGGUUUGACAUUCAACAUCCGAACUCGAUCUCUAAAUGGUUCCCUUUACUGGAUCGCCCAGAUGCUCGGUGGCUUGAUCAUGGGUUGUUUGCUCGAUAUGCCGUGGUUGACUCGUCGCUGGCGUGCUGUGGCUGGCUGGAUCACUCUCUUCGUAACUGGAAUGGCUAUCUGGGGAGGUGGCUACGCUUUCCAGCUCUGGGCUGAUCGUCGCCUGGCACAUGGAUUGAAACAAGACAUCGACUAUACGAAUGGAAGACUCUCGGCCGGCCCCAUGAUUUUGUAUAUCUGCUACGGAGCAUAUGACGCCCUCUGGCAAUCUUUCUGUUACUGGUUGAUCGGUGCUCAGUCCAACAACCCCGCCAGAACUGCUAUCUUGGUCGGUGCUUAUAAGACCUUCCAGGCUACUGGAGGAGCUAUGGCAUGGAGAAUUAAUGCUCUACACAAGAAGCCCAUGACCCAGUUUGCCAUGGAUUGGGGUCUUUGCAUCGGUUCCCUAAUGGUUGUGAUCCCUACCGUUUGGGCUAUUACCUCAACAAAUGUGACUGAGGAGGAAACUGUUGCCGACGUCGAAGAGAAGGAGGAGGCUGAUGUUAAGCAGCCUUUACCAUGA